UCUUGCCUUCUGCUUCUCUCUUCUCGGCGUCGGAUCUUUUUAGAAAUGGCGAGAUGUGUGACUCCAGGAGCCGUCUCGAUGAUCCUCUCCAAUCCUUCUCCUGAAUCGCCCUCUGACGUGCCGGAGAUAAUCGUCCAGGUUCUCGAUCUGAAGCCCAUCGGAACCAGCAGCACGCGUUUCACAUUCAUGGCUACUGAUGGGGAGAUGAAGCUAAAAGCUAUGCUUCCAACUUAUUUAUCUACAGAAAUUCAAUCUGGAAAAUUGCAAAACCUUGGUCUCAUCCGUAUUGUGGAUUAUACCUGCAACUCCAUUCCUAAUCAACCUGAGAAGGCUUUAAUAGUGACAAAGUGUGAAGUAGUUUCUCCUGCUCUUGAGUUGGAAAUUAAAAGUGACGUGAAGAAAGAAAAACCUGAACUGACUUUAAAGCCUAAGCAAGAGGAACUUGUCAACAAUGAUGUGAAAAUAAAUGAGCCUGCUAUAGUAUUGAAGCCUAAACAAUCUACUGUGCCAAAAUCUGCAGCCCAGAUUGUGCAGGAGCAGCAUGCCAAUGUUGCUCCUGCUGCACGUCUUGCAAUAUCAAGAAGAGUGCAUCCUCUUGUUUCCUUAAAUCCUUACCAAGGUAAUUGGACCAUAAAGGUUCGACUCACCAAUAAAGGGAAUUUGAGAUCAUACAGGAAUGCUAAAGGAGAAGGCCAGGUUUUUAAUGUAGAAUUGACAGAUGAAGAUGGCACUCAAAUUCAGGCUACAAUGUUUAAUGAAGCGGCAGCUAAAUUCUAUCCAAAGUUUGAGUUGGGGAAGGUCUAUUACAUAUCAAAAGGGUUUCUCAGAGUUGCAAACAAGCAGUUCACAACUGUGAAUAAUGACUACGAGAUGAAUCUAAAUGAGAAUUCCAUAGUCGAAGAGGUAGAGGGGGAAACUUUUAUCCCUGAAACUAAAUACAAUUUUGUAAAGAUUGAUCAAUUGGGGUCAUAUGUGAAUGGGAAGGAGCUCAUAGAUUUGAUAGGUGUUGUUCAGAAUGUUUCAUCAACUAUGAGUAUCCGGAGGAAAAGCAACAAUGAUUUGAUUCCAAAACGGGAUUUUACUAUUGCAGAUGACUCGAACAAAACUGUUACUGUCUCCUUGUGGAAUGAUCUUGCUACAGAUGUCGGUCAGCAAUUGCUAGAUAUGGUUCCUACCUCACCAGUUGUAGCCAUAAAAUGCCUCAGAGUAGGAGAUUUUCAAGGUGUAUCUUUGUCAACUUUAAGUAGAAGUACAGUGACAAUAAACCCAGAUUUACCUGAAGCGAAGAAACUGAAGUCUUGGUAUGAUUCAGAAGGGAAAGGAGCUUCAAUGGCGUCCGUUGGAUCAAGCAUGAUCUCUUCCACCAAAAAUGGAUCGAGGUCAAUGUAUUCUGAUAGAGUUUUCCUUUCUCAUAUAACUGACAAUCAAAGUCUUGGUCAAGAUAAGCCUGCCUUCUUUAGCAUAAAUGUCUAUGUAAGCUUCAUUAAGCCUGACCAGACAAUGUGGUAUCGAGCAUGCAAUACUUGCAACAAGAAGGUUAUUGAAGCCGUUGGCUCUGGGUACUGGUGUGAAUCCUGCCAGAAAAAUGACGACGACAGCUCUUUAAGAUACAUAAUGGUGGUUAAGGUCACAGAUCCUUCGGGUGAAGCCUGGGUUUCAGUUUUCAAUGAGCAAGCUGAGAAAAUAGUUGGGUGCUCUGCUGAUGAGCUUAAUAGAAUAAGAACAGAGGAAGGAGAUGAAAAGUAUCAGCUCAAGCUGAAAGAAGCAACAUGGGUUCCACACUUGUUCCGGGUCAGUGUUGUGCAUACUGAGUAUAUGCACGAGAAGAGGCAGAGGAUUACGGUUAGAGCUCAAGCUCCAGUGGAUUGUUUGGCGGAGUCAAAAUACCUACUGGAAGAGAUAGAAAAGAUGUCGGUGUGCUAAUGGCAUGUGCGUUAUUUCUAAUUUGCAGCAGUUAGCGUUCUUUUUUGAGCAAAUCUCGUCACUUGGCAUUCCUUUCGGUUCCUCUCGUAAUAUUUAGUAAGCAUAUGUAAUUUAUGGUCCAACUUCCCUGUAAAGUUCUAACAACAUUAGUCAAGUAUUAAUUGCAGUCUAAUUUGCGUUUUGGGAAUUAUAAUGAAUUCUAAUCCAAAAAAUUAUUUUUUGAAAAA